CGGGACUAGCCGGUGUUCGCGGCCGAUGAGGCGAUCCGAGUGAGAUUCGGCGGAGUGGGCCGACAAACUUCGCCGCGCGCGAGUGAGCUGCUGACCCGGAGGUGCGCCGGAGAGCACGGCGCUAGCAAUGGCGCUCGGCGCGUGCUGGCCGCCGCUGCUGCUGCUGCUGGGAGCGGGGCUGGGCGGCGAUCACGUGGUCGCCGGGCAGCUCCAGCUGUCACCCAGCCGGCGGGAGCACGUGGUGUUCGACGGCAAAGCGUUGUUCGUCAGCUGCAAGGGCCGCGACCCGGUCGGCAUGGUCUGGCUCGACCCCGGAAACAAGGACAUCGUCGAGAGGAGAGGAGCUGUGUUUGAGUCUCCUGAUGAGGAUUUCACCGACUAUCAUCAUAUACGGGUGCGUGUGGAGCCGAGCCGAGACCGGGGCGACGGCCGGACGGGGGUCGACCUGGUGCUGAACCCGGUCAAGCGCAAGGACCGUGGCCGCUACACCUGUCGCGCCACCGUCGGCGGCGCCGAGCAAGAAACCAGCUUCAACCUGGUGGUCCUCAAGCCAAUCCAGUUCGACGAGGACCAGCUGACGCAGUUCGCGGCCGAGGGGAGCGACUUCACUGUGCGCUGUGACGUCACUGGUGACCCCCGCCCCGAGGUGGACUGGAGGGGCGUGAGCCAGCACCUCAACUUCGGAGAGGAUAAAAAGUUCGACAUCGACCCUGAGACAAGAGGCCUGAUCAUACGGGGCGUGACCCGAGCCGACGAGGGCAUCUACCGCUGCAAGGCCACCCAGGUCAACACCAAGGACUCGGACCUGCGCACUGCCGACAUCCGCCUCAAGGUCCAGUACAAGCCGGAGUGGUCGGGGCCGACGCAGAGUGAGGUGUACGGCUACCUGCUAGGCCGGGCCAACCUGACCUGCCAGGCCGAGGCCUGAGCCGCCGCCCAAGUUCUUCUGGUACAAGGACGACCAGAUGCUGCUGGACAAGCCCGACUACCAGCAGGUCAACACCGACAGCAAGAGCGUGCUCAAGAUCCGAUCUCUGAACAACAGUACAUUCGGCGAGUACAAGUGUAAGGCCCAGAACCAGAUCGGCUCCAUACACCAGACCGUAGUGCUGAAGGAAGGCGAGAAGCCCGACAUCCCGCA